AUGGGUGCCCAGUUAUGGACGGAUUUUACCAAUAUCAUAUUGUCUGCAAACGUAUCACGAUCACAUGACAUAAUCCCAACGGAAUAUUUUAUCGAUCAAGAAAGAUAUUUCUAUUUACCAUUAUUCCAUAUAAAUGCAUCUAUGAGCAUAGGUUGUAUAGUAUUAACAGCGACAGGAACAAUGCUUAUUGCAUAUUUGCAACAUACCUGCGGAAUGUUUAAAAUUGCUUGUUACCGUAUUCAGAGAGCGAUAGAUAUUUAUAUAUCAAAAAAUGUUAAUAUGCAGAACGAAAUUCUGGUUUAUAAAUAUAUAAUCCGAGCCGUAGAUAUUCAUCAAAAAGCUAUGACAUUUUCCAACUAUCUUAUAUCGACAUUUGAAAAGUCGUUUAUGUUUUUAAUAGCAGUCGGAGUACUUAGUUUAAGUCUAAAUAUUUUUCGAAGAUUAGAUAAAAAAUUAAGAUAA